GCAUGAGGGAAGGCAGAAUCUGUUGGUCAAUCGGGCGCCGCGCACCGUAGCAGCGACGCGUCACUGCACCCCCGUUUUUUUUAAAAGUCGCACGUGCUCUCAUCACGUCAUUUUGUUCGGUGAAGCCUGCGGCUAACCCAGGCGAGAGGAAAAAAACAUCCGAGAUACCCGUUUUAUAGCCAGUAUUGAAAGAGAGAGAGAGAGAGAGAGAGAGCCGCCAAGUGUUUAUUAUUAUAAUAUUGGUGUCACACUCACGCUCGACUGGAAUCGAAAGUCGCAACAUUAUUAUUAAUACAUUACUCUUAUUAUAUUCUAUGUUUUGUUUCUUCACUUGAUGUCGGAUUUCGGGCACUUUGCUAAUAUAUUGAAAACGAGACUAUUUUUAAUUCAUCAAUUUGUGAUAAGUGAACGCAUCAGUGUGAUAUCCGCAAAAGGCAAAAAUAAUAAUUUUUAUUUGCCGGAUUCGUGUAUCUGAAUCGGGUUUUUUUUUUUUUAAAAAAAGCCUCUGAGGAAAAGGAUCUGUGCGUGCGAAGUCGCGGAUAGUGAUUUUAGCUGGUGCCAGGAUCCGGCCUGACCACGGCCAUUCUCGACACGCACUGUGUUAGCGUGGCCGGAGGUGGCGGCGCCGGCGGUGGUGGUGGCGGCGUUAGCAGCGGCCGCCUGAGUCUUCACCUACGUCCGUGCGGUGGCAGCGGCGGCGGCGUCGUCGGUGGCGAUUCGACCGUUUCGGAUUACCCGCCAAGCGCUGCGGCAGUGCGGAAUCGAGAGGCGGCGGCGGCGGCGCUGCACGCGGCAAGGACACUGUUGGGCGCGGGGGUGGCCAACCCUUGCUCGCCCACCCCCGAGCCGCCCUUCUGGAAAAUGCCUCACAAAGAGGAGGACUUGAUGCACGGGGGUGGAGUGGGUCUUGGAGGGGGUUCUAUGGUUGGGCAAAACAUAUUUGGAUGCUCGGCUGCAGGACACAGUGGUGUCAACCAACUUGGAGGUGUUUAUGUCAAUGGACGACCACUGCCCGACUCGACGAGGCAGAAAAUUGUCGAAUUGGCACACAGCGGCGCUAGACCCUGCGAUAUUUCCCGUAUUCUACAAGUCAGCAAUGGUUGUGUCUCGAAAAUACUAGGAAGAUAUUACGAGACCGGUUCGAUAAAGCCGCGAGCAAUUGGCGGCAGUAAGCCGAGAGUCGCGACAACGCCGGUCGUCAAUAAAAUUGCCGACUACAAACGCGAGUGUCCUUCAAUCUUCGCCUGGGAGAUUCGCGAUCGAUUGCUUCAGGAAGGAGUCUGCAACAAUGACAACAUACCAAGUGUGUCAUCGAUAAACAGGGUGCUGAGGAACUUGGCUUCGCAGAAGGAGCAACAGGCAGCGGUACAGGCACAUCAAGGCGCGGAGAGCGUUUACGACAAGUUGAGGAUGUUCAAUGGACAGGCUGCAGGAUGGCCACCCGCAUGGUAUUCCGCAACGCCGUCCCAUCAUCCCCUUGCCACUGGAAUUCCAACGUCCGCCACCCCAGGUUCGGGGCAGUCACUUUUACCCGGUGGUCAACUUCACGGACGCGACGAUUCACUCCUCAAACGAAGUGAAACCGGCUCCCUGCUUUCCCACCAGCAGGAAACAACAUCCGAUGGCAAUUCCGAGCAUAAUUCAUCAGGCGAUGAAGAUUCGCAAGUGCGAUUAAGGCUGAAGCGAAAACUCCAGCGGAAUCGAACUUCAUUUUCGAAUGAGCAAAUCGACAGUCUUGAAAAAGAAUUCGAGAGGACACAUUAUCCGGACGUGUUUGCACGGGAGCGUCUCGCCGAGAAGAUUGGAUUGCCUGAGGCACGUAUCCAGGUCUGGUUCAGCAAUCGCAGAGCGAAAUGGCGACGGGAGGAAAAAUUGCGAAAUCAAAGAAGAGCAGCGGUGGACCAGGUGGUUGGUGGCGGUACCGGUGGCAGUAGUACUGGAUCAGCGCCUCCUGCAGCGACACCCUCGACACCGAGACUGCCACUGAAUGCCGGAUUCAAUGCAAUGUACUCCUCGAUUCCGCAACCGAUCGCCACCAUGCCCGACACUUACAGGUACUCGUCCAUUCCACAGCCGAUUGCAAGCUUGCCCGACUCUUACAGUUCAAUGUCGAGCAGUUUGGGCGGGUCAAUGGGUGGUAGCUGCCUUCAGCAAAGGGCCGAAGGUUACCCCGCAUACGUUUUCCACGAGCCUCUACAUUCCCUUACGCAAUCUUACUCGCACGCUCACAGUACGGCUGCGCAUUCGCAGACACAUCGUGGGAUACCAACCUCCCAUGGUGGAACCCCCACUACGCCUGGGGGUCAGCCGGCAGGACCAGGCGGAGCACCCUAUCAACCCACGACCUCAACCGCAACUGGUGUGAUAUCGGCAGGUGUCUCAGUGCCAGUGCAGAUUCCCUCUCAGACACCAGACCUCACGGGUAAUUAUUGGCCGAGGCUUCAGUGAUCCCAGCUCUUCGGGUUCCCGCCGGCGAGUUUGCUCGUUGGCCAGGAGAGCCCGCCACCGCCACCUCCGGCACCAUCAGCUGUGUCCCGGCCUCUUCUCGCCUCUCUCGGGAUACCGACACAAGUUGCGCAACACCAUCAAACCAGCAACACUCCAGCAACAACACCAGUGCACAAUUCCGACGCCAGUGAGUGAAUCAAAAAAAAAAAAAAAAAACACAUACCAACGAAAAGAACCGACACUAGCAAUCAUAAAAAAAAAGAAAACAAAAAAAAUGUCAUUGAUUUUGGGGAACUCUUUUUUUUACAUUGACUCUCGUUGCCCAAUUGUGAUACUAUAGAAAAGACCAAAACAAUAGUAGAAAUCCAUGUAGACGCUGACAAACCCGGAUCAAGCAGGGUAACUCUUGACAAACACCCGUUUUAUACUUGAUAGUGACAAAUUUUUGCACUUUAAUACAAUUUUUAUUGGUCCUUUUUGAAA